AUGGAAAAUUCUACUCAAACAUCAACUGAUUUCAUCUUAUUGGGGUUGUUCCCACCAUCAAGAAUUGGCCUAUUCCUAUUUAUUCUCAUUGUUUUUAUCUUUCUAAUGGCUCAGUUUGGCAACCUUUCCAUGAUUACCCUCAUCUUCCUAGACACCCAUCUCCACACACCCAUGUAUUUCUUACUUAGUCAGCUCUCCCUCAUUGAUCUUAACUACAUCUCCACAAUUGUCCCCAAGAUGGCUUCCAAUUUUCUGUUUGGAAACAAGUCUAUCUCCUACAUUGGGUGUGGGGUUCAGAGCUUCUUCUUCUUGACUUUAGGAGGGGCGGAAGCAUUGCUCUUGACAUGUAUGGCCUAUGAUCGUUAUGUGGCUAUUUGCUUUCCUCUCCACUAUCCCAUUCAUAUGAGCAAAAGAGUGUGUGUGCUGAUGAUAACGGGAUCAUGGAUUAUGGGCUCAAUCAACUCCUGUGCCCACACUGUAUAUAUUCUCCAUAUCCCUUAUUGCCAGUCUAGAGCCAUCAACCACUUCUUCUGUGAUGUUCCAGCCAUGGUGAAUCUGGCCUGCGUGGACACCUGGGUCUAUGAGUACACAGUGUUUGUAAGCACCACCCUCUUCCUUGUGUUUCCCUUCAUUGGCAUUGCAUGUUCCUAUGGCUGGGUCCUCUUUGCCAUCUGCCGCAUGCGGUCAACAGAGGGGAGGAAAAAGGCCUAUUCAACCUGCAGCACCCACCUCACUGUGGUGACUUUCUACUAUGCACCCUUUGCUUACACUUAUCUACACCCAAAAUCCCUCCAAUCUCCAACAGAGGACAAGAUCCUGGCUGUCUUCUACACCAUCCUGACCCCAAUGCUCAACCCCAUCAUCUACAGUCUGAGAAACAAGGAGGUGAUGGGGGCCCUGAGAAGAGUGAUUCGGAGAAUCUCCUUUAUGAAAAUGUAG